AUGGAUUACCAGAACCGUGCAGGCUCCAAAUUCGGCGGCGGCGGCGUUGCCUCCAGAUCCGCCACAAACGCCGACCGACGUGAGCGACUGCGCCAGCUCGCCCUAGAGACAAUCGACAUCGAAAAAGAUCCCUAUAUCUUCAAGAACCAUCUCGGCAGCUUCGAGUGUCGACUCUGCCUGACAGUCCACCAGAACGAUGGCUCCUACCUCGCCCACACGCAGGGCCGCAAGCACCAGACAAACCUCGCCCGCCGCGCCGCGCGCGAUGCGCGCGAAGGCAAGAACCAAGAUCCGUCGUCCAUGCAGGGCUUCGCUGGCGUGCAGGUCAAGAAACAGCUGAUCAAGAUCGGCCGGCCGGGAUACAAGAUUACCAAGAUCCAGGACCCUCUGACGCGCCAGCAGGGACUGCUGUUCCAGCUGCAGUUCCAGGAGAUCACGCCUGGGGUUGUGCCGCGCGUGCGCUUCAUGUCGGCCUUUGAGCAGAAGAUUGAGAAUCCGGAUAAUAAGUACCAGUAUUUGGUCGUUGCGGCGGAGCCAUACCAGACUUGUGGAUUUAAGCUACAGGCUAAGGAGAUUGAUCGUCGGGACGAGCGCUACUGGACUUGGUUCGAUGAGGAUAGUAAGGAGUUUUGGAUCCAGAUUCUGUUCAAAACUGAGCGCGAAGAGAGGUUCAGUGGCGUUCCCGGGUUGGCGCCUAUGCAGUCGUGA